UGGAAGCCCGAGGGUGGGUCUACCUAUCCAAGGAGAUGGAAAAUGCAAUGGUAAUAGAAUUAGUGCUGGGAACGGCGCCAAACUCGUUGUUUAGACAAGCGGAACGAGAAGUGGUAUCGGUGGCAUAUCAGCGGGCGCAAAUGGAAAUGGAUAAGAUGGAGGUGCGAGUGGAGCUCGGGGAUAGGGGAAAUGUGACGCGGCCUCUUAGAACAAUGAGGGUAGGUAAAGGGAUGGCAUCAGAAGAGGAGGCCGAAGGGUUGCGGAACAAGGGGAGUCAGGGCACAGAUAGAGGCGGGGAAUGGAACGAAGGGUCGGUAAGGGAUCGAGAGUCGGCAAAGCCAGAGUGGACCAGGGAAGACGGGAAGGACCACUCGACAGGGGAAAGUUCGGGGAAAGCCGGGGGAAGCAAAAGAGGACCUCAGGAAAGCAGGGAAAAAAUGGACAACAGCAGGGCGAAUCCUCGAAACUCUGACGGGACCACGUCCAAGAAAACGAAAGUCUCGGACGCACGCCGUAAGCUAGCAGAAAUAGAAAAGAGAACCGCGAAAUAUAAGGCAAGGCUUAUUGAAGAGAUGAUGGCGGGGAAUGAAGGAGACCUUCCGGGAGAGGAGCUACGAGGGGAACGCAGGGCCACCCAAAGCGAAGUCGGGCACGGAGGGAAGGAUAGUAGCCAUAAAGGGAGUCCUAGCAAGAGAGGAAAGGAGAAGGGGGAGUCCCCUGUUAUAGAAGCCAAAAAAGCUACAACCCCACCUGCUAUGGACAGUGGUGCUACCCGUUUGCCCACCACGCCGAAAGUAACUAAGGGGUGCGACGGACUUUGGAGUCUCAGGGAAAGGGUGUUAGGAUGGUUUGAUCCGGAGAGUAUGCCAAAAGCCGGGGAAAAACAGAGGGAUACCAAAGAAGGAGAAGGGACCAGUGCGGUCGGCAAACCGGGGAACUCUAAAGGGGGCCUCAAGAGGAUAGUAGCCACCCUCACUCGGGCGCUGAAUAAGAAUCAGGGGUAUCUUGCGGAUGCCAAGAAAAAACUUACUUUCGGCGGGGCAAACAUUACGGAGUUCCUAAUUGACUACGAGAACCUGACGGCCUUGCUGAAAUGGACUGAGGAAGAAAAAAUGGACCACUUAGGGCAGCAUGUGUCGCUAAGCUUAGGAAGGGACAUUAUGGCUAUUGUCGCCUCUAGUGGAUCCUGGAAAGAGACCCGGAACGAGAUGAUGAGGAAAAACCUGAAGGCAGAGAAAAUGACAACAAAAGCCGAGUUGGCGGCAGUCCAAAGGAAGAACUAUGCGACUUACAACGACUUCCUAAGGGCGUUUACUCUAGUGGCACUACGAAUUCCCGAGGCAAGCCCGAGAUUGCUUAAAGGACUUAGGCAAUUACUAACGCGCAGACGCGUAGAGGUAGAGGAGGCCCCGGAACCACAGGAGCCGGAGACGGAAGAGGCUGAGGCACCACAAGGGGUCUCCAACCUCCAGAGGAUCCCAGGGGAUCUUGAGGACCUGGAAAAGGUCUUUGUAGACAUCCGCCUAAGCCUACCAGACCGAGAGGGGGGUGAAGUCAGGAGGGCACCACCCGGGACGAAGCUUAGCUUUCAUGCACUGCCCGCAGGAAAGCUAAAAGUUCAGAUCGGAACCCACCACACAGAUGCACUAGUGGAUGAUGGUGCUGAAAUCACCCUCAUACGACGAGACUUCGCAACAAUUACGGGUAUGAGGGGAAGAGUAGAGAUCAUGAUUGAGGAGGCUUUUGACAAGAAGGAGUGGAUCAAGAUGGGUCUGCCUCUAAAGAAAAGGAGGCAAGAGGAUGAGGUGCUAGGGGUUAUGGUGGCAGAGAAGGAGGCGGAAGUCGAGUUUGGGGCCAACCUGCCCAAAUCAAAGGAAGACCGGAAGGAAACGUCGGAGGUAGUACUUGAAGUUCUAGACUUGUUACAACUCGUUGAGGCUAUCAGGUAUCACAAGGCAUACCUAUUCGGGAGACGUUUUAUCCUGAGAAUCGAUCCGACCAAUGUCGCCGGGGCGUUAAAGAACUACAAGCCCAUAGACCUGACCGUUGGGAGAUGGAUAGGCUUCAUAUGGCAAUUCGAUUACAAGGUCGAGCGAAUUGCAGGGCUCAGAAAUAGGGCAGACGGGCUAAGUCGGGUUCGCAUUACGCCGGAGGGAGUAGAGGAUGCGGAACCGAUCGACGCCUUCCUAGAAUAUGAGGGGGGGACCCUUAUCGUAGAUAACGAGAUGGCAUGCACCGCUCCUACAAUGGACCAACUGUUGAUUCAGGCCCUAGAAAAGGGCGCGUCCACCAUAGUUGCGGAACUCAGGGAAGGACCAAUCAUCACGUUUAGACGCAAGAAUGAGAAUGAUUCGUGGGGAGCAACGAUAGGGUCAAAGGAAGAGUUGAUGGCAAUGGCCGUGGAAGGGGGUCAAGAUGCUUUGAUGAACCUAACAGAAACCUGGACGCGAAGGGAGCGGCGGUAUCUAGUGAAUCAGGCUCAGGAGGGGCAAAACACCGAUCAGAAGGGACAUAAAUUCUUCCUUAUACAGAUGUAUGAUGGCACCUUUAGAGAAAUCGGUCUGUUGCUUAUAGGAAAUAAGCAGCCUAUGCAAGUCAGCCUCAAGGCAAGGGAGGAAGCCAGGAAGUAUUUCUUGGAUGCAAGGGACAACCUCAGUGGUUACGUGGAGGCGGUAACUCGUAAGAGAAAAAUGGGGAAGGGAGUGGCCAACUGGAUAAAGGACUUCUACCUAAGGCACCCCUUUGUGCGCAGGUUCAUAGCGGAUAAUGGGAUGGAAUUUGUAAAUCACGAAGUGCUAAGCAGACUCAAGACGCUGUGUGUACCUAUCAAGAUCAUUGAACCAUAUCACCCUGACGCCAAUGCACCAGUAGAAAGGGGGCACCGGACCUUGAAAAUCACAAUCGCUAAGUUGGCGGCCGAUGACCUGGGGAACUGGUCUCGGUACCUUAAGCAGGUCGUCUUCGCAGAAAACAUGACGCCAAAAAGGACGACGGGAUGCAUUCCGGCAGAACUCUCGUAUGGGAGGGAGAUUGAUUUCUCGGUGGAAGCUUUGGUUCCUACCUGGAACAGGCUAGAUGACAAUCCGCACAUGUCCACAGAAGAGACUGAUCGUCGCACGUUGCCAACAGGUCAUUAGAAAUGAGGAAGCCUUGGAGGAUGUGGUUAAGCGUGUGAUGGACAGCCGAAUGAGGGACAAAGCAAGAUGGGACCAGGUCAAAAAUAUCCGAAAGGAGCCGCUCCAGGUGGGGGAAAUGGUACUAGUUAGGAACUCGGCACUUGAAAACACAUGGUCUGGACAGCUGGGGAAAAGGUUCAAAGGCCCCUACAGGGUCGCAAAGCGGGUGGGCCUGAACACUUUUGAACUUGAAGAUCUUGAUGGUACUGCGAUAAAAGGGUCAUUUUCGG